GGAAUUCAUCCCAUCCCCACGGAUAGAAAGACACAUCAAGGCUGAGUGAAUUAGCGUGACACUAUUGUAUCAGCCGCGCCGAAAACAUCUCGUGAGUGUAGCAUGAGGAGUACUUCGCCGUCGAUAUUUCGAUCUCCAGACAUCCACCUCAUGAAACAUUCAGGUGAAAGAAGUUAAUGGCUAUGCUAAUGACGAGGCAUAGAGAAAGGCACUAUUAUUCUAGGUGGCCACCACAGGAGUCAUGAGUAUGAGAAAUGAAGGUAGUAUAAAUUACGGACAAGUACAGAAUAUGAUGAGUUUAGAUAUCACGUUCAGAUCACAAAGAAUUCAAGUUAACUAACAACAAACACUGCCCCCAGAGUACCGUGUUGGUUCAACUCUAAAAUGAAGUAAAGUGUGGAGAAUAUCCAAACUAACUUACAAAAUCAUUACCAUCAUCCAAAGAGGAAAAAAGGGGGAAAGGCAAACACGUACCAACUCGGACACAUAUUUGUUUGCCAUCCACAUUAGACUCUGAACUAAGACAGACAGUUAAAUCUGAGUCUUGCUGAGCAACCAACUGACACAAUGCCAUAUAUGACUAGGGGUUCUUCCUAUUCCUCCUCGACUUUAUCGACUUCCUCAACUUCCACAACUUCCUCCCUCUCUAAUUUAAACACCCCAGAUUACACAAGUCAACGCCGAUACGCUAGAUGCAGACACGAGCAAAACUUCACCAUGAGCCAUAAUCCUUUUAACACAGGCCCGAGCCAAUCUCAGCAGCUCCGCCUAACUCCCGAAGGAACGGGUCGCUCCUCUUCCAAUCGGAGUCGUUCCCCCUCCGGAUUCUCACUGCGUCGGAGCCUUAGCGGCCGCAGCCAGAAUGAUUCCGGCGAGCGCCAAGGCCGUGCCUCUAUAUUCACCGGGCUGUUCUCCAGCUCGCGCAGCCAUAGACAGCAAAGCCCUCCCCCGCCGUACUCCCCGAGUGAGGCGACGGACGGGCCUAUCGCAGUAUCUGAACUCCCCGCCUCAACACCCCAAACAGUGCUAGACGACCAAUACGCCUUCCUAAAAGAAUUCAACACAAUCUUCCUAAUCGACGACUCGCUCUCCAUGAAAGCCGAGCGUCGAUGGGAAGAGACGCAGAAAGCAAUCUCAGCCAUCCUACCAAUCUGCAUGGAACACGACGAGGACGGGGUAGACGUGUACUUCCUGAACCACCGGACCACCGACCGGGGCGACUCCUCCCGCGGCGCCGUCGGGUCCGGAUACCGGGGCGUGCGGGAGCCGCGCGUCGUGCACAACAUGUUCAAGUUCGUGCGGCCGAGCCUCGCGACGCCCACCGGGCUGCGCCUCGACCAUAUCCUGCGCGCAUACCUGAAGAACUACGAGGCCCUGGUGAAGGCCUCAGGCGGGGACGUGUACUGCGUGCGACCAAUCAACAUCAUCGUGAUCACCGACGGACAGCCCACGGACGAGCCCGGCGAAGUGAUCGCGCAAGCCGCGCGGCGACUCGACGAGAUGCGCGCCCCGCCGCACCAGAUCGGGAUCCAGUUUUUCCAAGUCGGGCGCGACCCAAACGCUACGCUGGCGUUGAGGGAGCUGGAUGAUGAGUUGUGUCGGAGAGAGAGUAUAAGGGAUAUGGUUGAUACGGCGACGUUUAAUGCGGCGAAUAAGGCGGACCAGCCUACGCUUACUGCGGAUGGGAUUUUGAAGGUUGUGCUGGGCGCGGUGAAGAGGAAGUUGGAUCGGAAGGUUUUGGUGAGGGUUGAUGGGCCGGGGAAUUAGGGGGG